AUGCCAAUAAUCUACGAGAGAGAAACGAUAUCACAACGAUUAGAACCGAACGACACUCAGCGAGCAACUUUAUACGUAAUUGGAGCAUAUUUCAUUGGCAUUCUAAUUUUAUGGAAUUUACCAUAUAUAAAACAUAUACUCUAUCCAUUUAAACUUUUAGUAGUUGGACUCCAUGAAUUCUCGCACGCGACAGCAGGAUGCUGCACGGGUGCACGAAUAGAAGCGAUAGAGAUUGAACCUAACGAGGGAGGAGUUACUCGCAUGCGUGGGGGUGUUCAAUGCUGUACUUUACCUGCAGGAUACCUGGGAUCAUCUCUAAUCGGUGCACUGCUAAUCUUCUGUGGCUUCGACAUUCUCGCAUCAAAGAUCGCAGCAAUUUUACUCGGUCUAUGCCUCAUUGCUGUUCUCUUUUGGGCACGUAACUGGCUGACCAGAGGAAUUACCGUAUUCUUUAUUGGGCUGAUUGUUGUGCUUUGGAUUGUCAAGGAUAGCGCAGGGCUGAAAUACUUUGUGUUGUUUGUUGGAGUUAUGUCUUGUUUCUACUCUGUCUGGGAUAUUAUGGACGAUCUUGUUAUGCGUAAAGUAAACGAAUCAGACGCAUCGAAAUUUGCCCAGAUGUGUGGAUGCUGUCCAUCUCAAGUAUGGGGUUUUAUCUGGCUUAUUAUCAGUAUACUAUUUCUACUUGCUAGUGUAGUUGCUGGUAUUCUCGCAUUUAAGCAGGAUAACGCAGAACAAAAACAGGCGGCAGAUCAUUUUUUGAAAAUGUGA